GCCACUGUGCUGCUUCGCGACCGUUGGACUGUUUGUCAGUUGAGCUGUCUGCUUAAAGUCAGUCAAUUAAAGUUGUAUGUUCGUUUUAAAAAAAAAAAUGGUCAUAAAAUAAAACACCCACAAUAUAAAGUGUAACGCUGCUGGUUACGCUGACAACUUUGUGUGGUAAUUAGUUCCGGGGUAAUUUUGUAACUUGGUCACGUAAUACACCGUACCACCGAUCCAAUGCACUUGUCCCUGCUGACCUGUACCUUGUACCCUCUUUAAUGUCCACUGCGGUGCUAAUUGCCGCUGUUGUCGGCGGCGGGGUCCUGUUCCUCAUGCGCCGUUUGUACCCCGGGCAGAAAGCCGCGAAGCUGCUCCGGUAUCCAGCCGACACUAUGCGGGGGAAGACGGUCAUCGUUACCGGGGCUAACAGCGGGAUAGGGAAGGCCCUGGCCGGGGAGCUGCUGAAGCUCCAAGCCCGGGUCAUCAUGGCCUGUCGGGACCAGCGGAGCGCCGAGGAGGCAGCGCAGGAGAUCAAGAAACGAGCGGGACCAGGGCAGGGGGAGCUGGUCCUCAAACACCUGGAUCUCGCUUCUCUUGGGUCAGUUCGAAGAUUUUGUGAGGAAAUUCGUGCGGAGGAGUCUAAGAUUGACGUGCUCAUCAACAAUGCAGGCGUUUACCAGUGUCCCUACAUGAAGACAGAGGAUGGGUUUGAGAUGCAGCUCGGUGUGAACCACCUGGGUCACUUCCUCCUCACUCACCUCCUGCUGGACCUCCUGAAGUCUUCGGCUCCGAGCCGCAUCGUUGUGGUUUCCUCAAAGCUUUACAAGUAUGGCCGCAUCAACUUUGAUGACCUGAACAGUGAAAGUAACUACAACAAGGCCUUCUGCUACAGUCAGAGCAAGCUGGCCAACCUGCUGUUUACACUUGAACUGGCUCGACAGCUGGAGGGCACGGGGGUCACAGUCAAUGCUCUCACCCCGGGCAUCGUGAGGACCAGACUAGGCAGGCAUGUUCAAAUCCCUCUCCUGGCAAAGCCACUGCUCUACCUCGCCUCGCUGAUCUUUUUCAAGAGUCCACUGGAGGGGGCCCAGACUCCUCUCUAUCUGGCCUGCUCCCCAGAGGUGGAAGGAGUGUCGGGGAAGUGUUUCGCUAACUGUGAGGAGGAGGAACUAAUGGCCAAAGCUACAGAUGAACAGGCAGCCAAGAAACUGUGGGACAUAAGUAGCAGGAUGGUUGGACUAACCAACUAAGCAGAAUCCUGUUCUCUGGACGGUAUUUCAGGGGACUUAUGUGUUCUUGGACAAGAUAAUCCAUCCCUAGCGGCCCCACAGACUUUACGGUGAGAGAUGGCUUGUGAAAAGACCAAUGGCCACCGUCGGGGUCAAAUCGAUAAUUGACUGAAAUAUUGUGCCAGUGAAGUGUGUCAAUUAAGUCUCUGUGAGCAAAUGUGCUGAGAUUACAUUGCAGAGAGUUGAUCGGAGAUUGUAUAAAAUUAAAAAAUAUAUUAAAAAAGUCCCAGUAAAAUCAA